AGUGCGAUCGUUGACAAAUGACAACAUAUCAACUUCAGCCAAUCUAAUUUAGUUUGGGGAAUUUGUGAAAACAAGUAGCUACAUAUAUUGCAGGGUCUGAUAUCACACCAGUUUCGACUUGUAAAUAUGCGGAACAGACGGGACUAUAUUUUCAGUCGACCAAGCCUUGUGAUGUCACCGUUUGUGAGUGUGACAUCGCUUGACUGAGAGUUUCAAAGCUUGUUGACGGAUGGUGUCGCAAAAGGAGGCGUGGAUAAGCGAAUUCCGACGCUGAGAUGUCACAAUCUUAGCCUCAGGUCUUUUUCGUUUCCGUCCCUAUUUCCUAUUCCAUGGUUUAGAGACUUAAAUCGAUUUUGUCACGGACAUAACGUUUCGCAUGGACUUGGAUCGGAGCCAAACCAACCCCUCCCAUCACCUGAGAUUGACAAAAUGCACAUGACUUCCAAGAAUAGAGGCAUAUAGUUAUCAUCAUGUCUACACCCGUGCGAGACCCCUUCGAAGACCUCCUAGACAUGGGGGAAGACGAGAAGGGGGUAGAGUCGUUACCCCCUCUGCCUGCAUCCCAGCCCCCUCAGGGUGACUCUUGGAUGGUUUUGUCAAAGGAUGCUGAUGACUUCAAGUCCAUGGCAGACGCAGAUUUAUUUGAUAGUGGUAGCUCCAGCAUGAAGUCCUCUAACACCGACGAACUUGGCGACCUCUUCUCCAGCACCAGCAGCAAGGGUGGCACCAAGGCUCACGGGAGUACAUUUGAUGACCUGUUUGGGGGAGGACCCGCUGAUAAGAAGGCAAAGAAGAGUUCAUCCAGUCAUGGAUCCACCUUUGAAGAUUUGUUUGAGGACUCCAAACCUAGUGGCACAUCUGUACAGCAGGGUAGUGCCAUGGAUGACUUGUUUGGAAGUGUCAAGUCCAGCACAGUUUCUGGUACUGAUUCUUCUUUGGUUGAUCUGUUUGGAAGUGGUGGUGCAAAGCAGUCGAGCCAGACGUCAAGUAAGAGCAAUGGAGCUCAACUUGUGGAUAUAUUUGGUGAUUCUGAAAGUGGGAAAUCAGACGCUAUUUUUUCCAGCAAGAAUACUGAUGACCUUGAUGAACUGUUCAAAAGUGACUCGAAAAAAUCUGAGAAAACUCCUGAGGAUAUUUUUGGGAGUUCGAGUGAAAAGAAGUCUAGUUCUGGAAUAGAUAUGUCCAGUAACAAAAGUGACGACACACUUGAUAUCUUCAAAGAAUCCACUGUGAAAACAUCUAGUUGUAAAACAAAUUUAGAUGACCUGUUUGGCAGUUCUUCUCAGACGACAAAGUCCAUGGAAUCGGUUACAGCGGUUUUGUCUACAGAUGACGCCAUGUUCACCAAUGGUAAGAGCAGCAGGACUAGCAGUGACCUUGAUGACCUCUUCGCCAGGGAUACAGCCAGCAGCAAGACAGCAGCAGCAGCAGCAGAUACCGAGAACACUCCUGACACUGUGGAUGGGAAGGUUGAUGUUCUCAUCUCACCUGGGGCAGAGCAAGCUAAGCGAAACAGCAGCAGUGAUUUUGGAGACACGGAACCACAUGAGUUGGACUUCUCUGUGAUUGAGGAUACAUCAUUGCUGGAUCCAAACAUAAAUAGAAGCAAAUCAUCACUACGGAAACGGAGCUCACUGGCACGGAGGAAGAAGCCCACUCGCAGCAGCAUGAGACGAGUGUUUCAGCAGCCGGAGGAUGGUCUCAGCGUCAGCCCUUCAAGUGCAGAUGGAGACAGGGAUGAAGUGGAAGAUGAGGCUAAGCCAGAGGAAGAACCUGAGUCUGUCGUCGCCAAGGAGAAGGACGAGGACAAGAAGCCUGAAGUUGGCCGGAAGUGCCCUGUAGCUGGUGGGAGACUGCUCCUUGGGCCUGAUGUCCUCGCACAGUCACAGCUGCUGAAGGGUAUUGGCAGCAAGAGAGGUCAACCAUCAACCAAGAUUGACAAGGUUGACAACGAGGUCGCAGCUGGAGGUUCCUCUGUGGUCAAGGCUGAGUCCAAGCAGGUGCAGCUUCCCCCCGAGAAGCCUGUGGAGAAGUUGAAGGAGAAGUCCGUGGAGAAGGUUGAAAGGACGAAGGAGAAGGCAGAGGAGACUAAGGAGAAGGCCGAGGAGGUCGCCUCCUCCAGUGCUGGCCCAGAGAAGGAGGAAGCAGUCGGGAAGAAGGGCCCCAUUGGAGGAAGGCUGGUGCUAGGACCUGAUAUGUUGGCUCAGUCUCAGCUGUUAAAAGGAAUUGGGAACAAGCGAGGUCAGCCCUCCUCUACAGCUGAUGCUGCCCCUGAUCAAACAAAUGGUGCUCCCUCUGUCUGUGAGCUCAAUUCCAUGGAGGAUCUACAGAAACCUGUCAUCAAAUCAAGGAAACCACAACUCAGCCCCAGACCUAAACUGUCUCCACCCUCCGAUCUUAAGACCACGACCCCGAGGUCUCGGUUGAAGGAGCCACAGCCUGGGGAGACUAAGAAAGGCUCCUUGUCCCUGUCUCAGGAGACUGGUAAGAGCAGUGUGUUUUCUACUGUGCUAAAGCCUACCGUGCCUCAGGAGAGUAGCAGCAACAAGACAUCGUCUGUGACCUUGGAGAAGGUCAACCUCCGGUCAACCAGAAGCAGCAGCAUCAACUCUGACUCAAAGGUCACCAGUCCCACGGUGGAGAACAAUGUGAUUCACGGGGAGCUGUCCGAGAGGAAGAACUCCCUGAGGAGAGUGUCGCCGGGGAAGAACAAGGAAGAGGAAGGGAAAGAGGAGAAGAAGGACCAGCCUGCCUGGCUAACCGGGAUGAAGCUACGGAAGACUUCACCGGCAACCAGCGACACCAGCAGCACUGACACCAGGGGCUUCACCGAGCGCACUCCUGUGAAGACAUCCGAGGCUAAAGGAGGCACGACCAGGGUUGAGAUAGCGGUCAGUCCAAAGGCCAGUACUAGUGUCUGCACUACAACUCCUCGCAUCCCCAGGGAGGACAGACCACAAGCAGUCCUCAAACCUCUGGUGGACCGGCCCAAACCCAAGAUAGAAGCCAAGCCGAGUAGUGUGAACGGUCGCGGUGAUGCAUCAGUGAGCAAGUCUCCCCUCGGUGUACGGGACACCAACACCACUACUGAAGACCUGCCGUCAUGGAAACGGGACCUGGCUGAGCGGCGGAAGAAGAAGAAAGAAGAUCCAAUCCCUGGCACCCCUACUAAGUCUGACUCACCAGAUGUGGCAGCAAACUGGCGUGCCCAGCUGUCACAGAAGAAGAGGAGGCCAGUGAUGUCACCCGGAGGAGAUGCUAAGGCAAGCCCCGACAGCAAGCAGCCGGAGUGGGCCAUGCAAGCAGAACAACGCAGAGCAAGGCUUGUCAAGUCCGGACUUAUUGGGCAGAAGUGAACACGAGAAUCUUAAAACAACAAAUCCUAUAUAAAGUCCUUCAUCCUUCCUGCUCAGCAGCUCGUGAUGUGAAGCUUGUACAGUGAGCUGGACACCCCUAGGGCAGGGUGUGCCCAGGGAGGGACCACACCCCCGUGUAGUCAUCUCUCAUCAUUCCACUGUUAUUCACUACUCUUAAGCAAUCUUAAGUGUUAAUGGUGCUCAAAUUGUUGUAUAUUACGUAUUGUUAAUUCUAGACAUAUGUCAACAUUGGAGACUCAACAAUUAUGAAGACCAGGUUUUGCAAUGUCCGUGUGGGUUGUCUGUCAACACAGCAUACAGCUCCAUCUUCAAGUUAUCGUCAAAUUGUCACGAGAAAAUUUGGCCUCAAACUUAUGACAGUUACUAUGGAUGCAGUGAAUUGUAUUACAGCAUACAUGUAUGUAUGUAUAUACUUGCACUCUCUUCUGAUGUCUAAUCCUUCAUUGUAUGAUUUGUCUUGGAUUGAUAUGUCAGUGUUUGCGCUGAUGUUGUUGUAUUAGCUCACCUGAUGCUGUACAUAUUAGCUCACCUGGUCAUCAGCCACUAGAGUGUGUGCAGGGGUGUCCCAUCAGUUGGUAUUAAAUCUUGCUGU